AUGUCGAAAGACCUAGUUGAGAAAUUCAACGCAUUACCUCGUAACCCCAGGUCGCCGUCUGGGUGGGCGCCCAACGAGUGGCACUUUGAUGUUCGAUAUGUUCAACUGGAACCGAACCCAGCUCAUGUUGUGUUCUUUUUUCAACCUCAAUCUCAUCUCAUAUAUACGCUAAGGUUGCCUAUUGACCUAGCCAGCGACGAGGUCAAUCUUAAAUUCUUUCCUGAGACUGCGAAGGAGGCGGCGCCGACGGUUGUCAAAGGCAUUCUUCGCGCGUUUGUUGACAACAUGGGCCGGAACGACAGAAGAAUGUACCCUGAACCUCCAAGUGCGCUCGCUCCGUGGAAACUUAUGACUGACGACAAGGCCCUUGCUACUGCUGUUGGACAUGAACUGAAGCGUGUUGGAGUCAAAUCUGAAGCUCUGUGGGACAUCAGCAUUUCGAGCGAGACAGUUGUUGAUGGUGCUAUGCAGACCUUUGGCCUGUUUUUCCGUAAUCUGGUUAAUGUCUGUGUUCUGGACGAUACUAUGGCUGCUAUCGUUCAGACUCCUGGCCCUAUUGUAUGGGAAGGUUGUCGUGUUCCUAAGGCUGUCUCUGAAAAGCGCAAUGAUCUCGAUGAUGAAGAGAAUAGUGAUUUCCGGGUGAUGCUCGAAUAUACUACCCUUUGGGCCACCGUAUUGCCGUCAGAUGGCACUGAAUACGAGGCCAAGCGGUACCAGGAAAACAGAGAGCGGGAAUUCACGAGAAUCGAGACGCUUUUGAAAGAAAAGCCAGAGCGUAUCAUCAAUGCAGCGGCUGAUCGAGGAGACGCCGAUGCAGCCUUGGAUUAUGGGAUGAGGCUUACGGUUGGUUUAGGGUGUAAACGCAACCGCAAACGUGCCCGCGAUUAUCUCGUUAAGGCUGCACAUUCCGAAAGCGCCUCGAAAACGAUCAAGGCCAUGGCUCAUGGCGUUCUUAUAGAAUGGUAUUUGCACAGUGAUAGAAUCACUCCUCGGUACGCUUUUGCAGCCUCACAUCACUGCAACGAAGCUGCACAGUUGUGUGCUGAGGUUUCCGGUUCAGAUGUAUGCGCAUCUCCGGCCGUGCUUUGGUUUAUGAAAAAGACGUUCAAAACCCUGGCUGAGGAUGUCCCCGAAUUUUAUAUCUGGUUUAUCGAGGCUGUCGAUGCGUUGGAAGCGAGAGACAGACAAUAUGAGGAAAAUCAGGCCAAGAUAGCGCGAAAGAGGGCGCUAAAUGCGUCUCGAUAUCGAUGUGCUGCUCCGGGAUGUGAGAUUGAAGCAGAUAAAGGCUCGAAGCUGUCACGGUGCUCUGGUCCAUGUGAUAUCGACAAGAAGCCUUAUUAUUGCACCCAAGAGUGUCAGAGAGAAGACUGGCGGAAUCAUAAACCAUUUUGUCGCCCCGGAGCGGAGAGCUCAGUUAUCGAUGAUGGGACGAAGUACGACCUUGCAGAAACGUCACCUGCUCGGAAGACUGUGGAUGGGGCGUUGAUGAUUCCCAUUACGUUCAGGGAAAGUGGCAAGACUCUUAUGGUUUGCUCAACUACGAUGGACGCGAAGAUGUUGAAGGAAAUGAAAAGAUACAACGAGAUGGAUAUUGGACAGGCGUAA